ACAUUUGCAGCAAGUGCUGAUGCAAUGCAAUGAAUUCAUCAGUCCUUCCAUCCUUCUGUUUACUUAGAGUUCAGCAGAGGUGAGACAGUGAAGGAGGCAGUGGAGAUGCACGGAGGGAAAUACAGACUGUCGGCCAUUGUCUCCCACCUGGGGGAUACCAAAGAGAGCGGCCACUAUGUGGCUGACUGCAGGGAGGCGGGGGGCCAGACCUGGGUCCACUACAAUGAUGAGGAGGUGACCCCAGUCACUGAGGAGGCUGUCUUGGAGGGCAGGGCCAAGACAGCCUACAUGCUCUUCUAUGAACGCAAGUGACUGGGGUCCUGACACCUCAAGGUCUGGCCCCCCAACAUGAUCACCAGCACCACCAUCACCUCCAUCACCGCCAGCCACGGCCACCACCACCAUGGCCACCAUGUUAACCACCAUCACCACCACCACGGCCACCACCACCAUGGCCACCACGUUAACCUCCACCAUCACCACCAUCACCGUGGCCACCACCACCAUGGCCAUCAUGUUAACCUCCACCACCACCGUGGCCACCACCACCACCAUCACCAUGGCCAUCACCACCACCACCAUCACCAUGGCCAUCACCACCACCACCAUCACCGUGGCCACCACCACCACCAUCACCGUGGCCACCACCACCACUGUGGCCACCACCACCACCACCAUCACCGUGGCCACCACGUUAACCUCCACCAUCACCGUGGCCAUCACCACCAUGGCCACCACCACCAUGGCCACCACCACCAACAUCACCGUGGCCACCACCACCACCAUGGCCACCACCACCUCCACCAUCACCGUGGCCACCACCACCAUGGCCACCAUGGUAACCUCCACCAUCACUGUGGCCACCAUGUUAACCUCCACCAUCACCGUGGCCAUCACCACCAUGGCCACCACCACCAUGGCCACCACCACCACCAUCACCGUGGCCACCACCACCAUCACCGUGGCCACCACCACCACCAUCACCAGGGCCAUCAUGUUCACCUCCACCAUCAAAAUGGCCACCAUGUUAACCUGCACCAGCACCAUGGCCACCACCAUCACCGUGGCCACCACCACCACCUCCACCAUCACCGUGGCCACCACGUUAACCUCCACCAUCACCGUGGCCACCACGUUAACCUCCACCAUCACCGUGGCCACCACCACCAUGGCCACCAUGUUAACCUCCACCAGCACCAUGGCCACCACGUUAACCUCCACCACCACCUCCACCAUCACCGUGGCCACCACCACCAUGGCCAUCAUGUUCACCUCAAUCACCUCCAUCGUGGUCACCACCACCCCCACCGUGGCCACUACUGUGACUGCAUGCAUGCCAACAACACAUACAUGAACACUAUGUACAUGAACUUACUCAAAAGUCAUGCAUUGACUACAGGCACAGAAAGACCCAGUAGUUGCAUCCCAACUCUCACACACAUCUGGGAACCCUCUUUCGAAAACGAGAGGCCCAAUCUUCAGGAGUUGUUGCUUAAUAAAGAAUUUGAAUUUGAAUCUCUUAUUGGACCCCAGGGUGGAGUCGUUGCCAAGGAGGCUCACCCUGCCUUUGUGUCAUCAUAUCUAUGCAACGCUCUUCACUGUGCCAAGUCGGGGGUCUUUCAGCCAACAUGUACCAGCCAUUGGUGCAUUUGUGGCCACAGAUGCCAAGGGGCUAGGACAAACAGGACCCUCCCAACUUCCCCCAUUUGUCAUAAUGUACAAGGCAAGGCUCAGGGUACUGUGUGCAUGCCAGGUAAAAGGGUGCUAAUGACCAGUUGAUACUGUGUGACCCCUUGGUGGGACCAGAAUAAAUGGAAGCCUUUAACCCCCACCCCUUUCCCCAACAUACCAGGCUGCAUAAUGUAUAGUAACUGUUAGUUAGAACUUUAUUGUCCGUAUGAGGCAAUUGUAUUUGCAGCACAAUUGCUGUUACCAGAUCAGGGCUGGACUGGCCAUCUGGCAUAGCGAGCAUUUCCCAAUGGGCCCCGCACCAUCGUGGGCCCCAAAGAAAUGUAAACAGAAAAACAAAAAAGGGUUCUGCACCGCUAAUUAUGAGGGGUCCCUUUAAGCAAAAAGAGCCCGGGCCCUAUUUCUCCAACAGUCCAGCCCUGCCAUAUAUUAAGCAUAACAAAAAGCAAACAACAUGAGGAACACACCAACCAAGUGAGCUGAAA